UCACAAGCAUUUUGAGGGCAUAUAAUUUUUAAAGCACGUGUUUUACCACUUGGCAGGUAGCCCACGAAAUCUGGAUAUUCGCGUGGUGGUGUAUAUAGUAACACUACUACACUACUACGUGAGCUCGCUCAGUCCAACACCAAUCCAACCUAGUUCUCUCGUUUUACGAUCACCAGGAAAAACAACACAUUACUUGCGCUGCUCUAAGAUAUUUCUCUAUCUGAGAGUCUGUAUUUUCUUUUCUUGCCAAUCUUCGAUGGAUUCCGUGUUUCUUAAUUUUGGCUGAUUGUGUGCAAGCUGUUUCUUCUGGGGCGGGAGUCCAGCAGCUCUGAAUUUGGCAAGAAACGCCGAGGUUGGAGGAUAUGCUGAACUCCCGCCACUAGACAUCGUAGAGUACGUUAGCUUAUUUAGAGUGAUUAAUUUGUGAGUUAUGGAACCUCUAUGUGAUCUUUGUGGGUUCGUAAGAGCAGUGGUCUACUGCGAGUCAGAUUCUGCUCGUCUAUGCUUGAACUGCGACUGUCGUGUACACUCUGCGAAUGCUCUGUCACACCGUCAUCCUCGUUCACUCCUCUGUGAUAACUGCAAUUGCCAGCCCGCAAUUGUCCGCUGCAUGUAUGAUGAAAUGUCUGUGUGUCAAUCUUGUGACUGGAACCAAAUUGGCUGUUCACGAUUGGGCCAUCGGUCUCAGGCAUUAAGUUCUUACACGGGUUGUCCCUCUUCGGCAGAGUUCUCAAAAAUAUGGUCCUUUGUCCUUGAUGCUCCUUCUUCAGGCGGUCUUGGUGUUGCUGCCCCUCGAUCAUUUACCACAUUGCCUAGAAAUGACAGCUGCUCAUCAAGCAAGUGUUUGGAGCAACCAGAUAACGAUACCUCCUUUGAUUUGGUGACUGGUAAGGUGAAUGAAAUAGAACCAUGUGUCAAAUAUGAUCCUUGGAUGGGACAAUCUUCUAAUAUUAUACCACCCAACACAAAUUUCCUGUCAUCGUGCAGAGACCAACCAUUUUCAUUUCCCCUUGGUUCCGACCUGGCGAAGGAAUGUCCCAAUUUAAAGGAUUUUGGAACUGCUAGUGGUGAUGGUCUCUGUGCAGGUCUCAACAUAGCAGAUCUUUCAUUCAGCCUCGAAAGUGAUGAUGAAAUACUUGAUUACACUCAAGAAGCCACCAGAAACCAUGCUGAGAAUAAUGGAGAAAUUGACUGUUUAUUAAUGGGAAAGAACAUAUCAGUUCCCGAACCUAACGGUCUUAUUGAGAAUGCCUUAGAGGCAUCUUCAUCAGUUCAACAAGAUUGCGCAGCCUUUCAAUCAUCCAGGCCAAGCGGGUCAGUUAACAUGGGGCACACCAUCAACAGUAAUGCAAAUCCUAUCUCCAUGAAUCUGAGCUGCAACCAAAACGUCAAUCUAGGAUAUCCUCAUGGUCAAGUGCAUCCAAGCAUAUCAGCCUCAUUAUCAAACAUUAGUGGUGAAAAUAGUGCCCCUGAUUAUCAAGAUUGUGGAUUAUCACCAACAUUCCUGACAGGUGUCAGCCGGUGGGAGCCAAAUUUUGGGUCCUCGUGCCCACAAGCAAGGGACAAAGCUAAAAUGAGGUACAACGAGAAGAAGAAAACCAGGACGUUUAGUAGACAAAUAAGAUAUGCGUCUCGCAAAGCAAGAGCUGAUACUAGAAAACGGGUGAAAGGUAGAUUUGUGAAAGCUGGUGAAGCACAUGAUUAUGAUCCUCAAGUGACAGGGAACUUCUAAGCAUAUUGCCUGCAAUCACCGUCUUUUCUCUUGCCGUGUGAUUCUGAUUGGUAGGGUUGUCAUUGAAGAUUGUUGUAGAAUCCUGCAUCAAUCUUCAGCUGAAAGCAAGGGUGCACAAAGGGUCUGCAUUUGGAAAUUGCAUGCAGAAAGCAGGGGUUUUGUUUAUUCUUUUUUUUUUCAUGCUUAUCUUCAAGAGGAACGGUACACAACGGUCCGUCCCAAAUUUUGUGUGUCGCUAUGGGUCCUACACAAACACCAUCCAAGUCAAGAAUAAAAGGAAAAGUGAUGAUGGCUGGCAAGCCUCCGUGCUGCGUGAAUAAUCGAUUUGUUUGGCAUCGCUUUACAUUUUUUUCGUUGGAACCAUAGUCUUUCAAUAAUGGUGUAAAUUAUGCCACGUCACCAAGGGAAGCUUUGUUUCUUUUUUGACCAUGGAAAGAUUGAUUUGAUCAUUAAAUA